AUGCCCAAGUCCCCACCGUCCUCUCCAACAGAAAACAAACUGCAGCAGGAUGACAAUACCUCGCGUCUAUCAGACGUAGCCCUCCGGAAGAAGAAGAACGCAGACGCUCAGGCGGCGUUCAGAGCUAGGCGUGCAAACUACAUUGCCACCCUUGAGGAGACAGUAACGAGCCUCGAAUCCGUCGUUCUCCAGUUGCAGGAUUCCUGCAGAGAGGCUAGGACGGAGGCCACUGAACUGAAGCAGGACAACGCUCGCUUACGCCAUGAAUUUCGCGAGAGAGAGAAGUUCUGGAGGGCAUUGUGGCAAGCCAAAAAGACCGGGCAAGGACCAGAGCUGGAUGACCUGCCGCCACUCCCAGCAUUCGCGCAGCCUGCAGCGACGAUGAACUCUCAGCUGGGAUCGGGUCACAUGCAACAAUAUACGAACGACGGAAUGGCCUACAGGGCUUCUGACGACCCCACAGCUUGCAAUAAUCAAUAUUCGACCAACUCGUACUCAAAUCAUUCCCCACCCAUGCCGUAUGCGAGCCCCGACAUCGAUCCAUCGGGGGAUUGCUCUUCCCACUCAAUGGCUACGCGAGUAGCCAAGUAUGCACCGUACCCUUACUCUAUGCAGGGCCCAGGACGGGAGGGUCCAUGGCCAUCCGCGAUCACUCAGAGUGGAUCGUCGGGCGGUGAAUCAGGGGGGCCCAGCGCCCAUUCGUCCCACUCUCCAGGGUACACAGAGUCGCCGACCAUGACAUCCGCAGACAUGUCCUUCGUGAAUCGAUAUCAAGUCGAUGAACAGAAAGUGCCUUUGAGCGCGCUGGAGAGCGCGCCGUACGUUUUCUCGAACAGCCGAUCACUCUCGCCCUCCUCUACUCCCCCGUCCUCCUCCUCUGCGUCUUUGACGUCACCAUUCCAGUUCGCUUUCCCUCCGGAAGGUUCUCUCGAUCGACCUGACGACUACCGUCGAAGCCACACCGGGGCAGAGGUCACCCUUCACGGAGGCACGGCCGACAUUUCGCUAGCAGGAUCAGGAAGCGACGGACUGAGGUAUAGGCUUGGGGCGCGGCCGCCUGUAUCUAACUCUGACCGGACUCCUAUGCCGAGCUUAUCGUCACUCUCCGACAACGAUCACGCAUCACAACGCGACCAGAAUAGCGCUGACCGGGACCUCAAUCAAAGACUCCGUCCUCGCCGAGGAACAGCGCCCGCGCGGACUUCUCAUUCCCCUUCACCUGGCCCGCCACCUAUCUCCGGAACCCUGGCGGUAAUCAAGGCUCAGGCUUUCGGCGCUCUGCGACGGACGAGAGCAAGAACUAAAAAGGGUUCUGACGGUGCCGCUCGCCUCGCCAUGGAUGUCCUCGAAGCCAGAGGGAUCGGCAUGGGGGUUGGCGCACCGCCUUCCAAUAAACGACCCCGUCUGGACACUGACGACGACGAUAUGCCUUGA